AUGGUUCGAGCUUUGGCCCUACUCUUGCUCGCCGUGUCGAUCCAAGCGACCCCUCUCGCGUCCCUGACCGCGGCGCAAGCGACCGCGCUCGAGCAGCCAUCUCUGCCCGCUUCGGCCGCCGCCGCCGCCGCCGACCUCCACCUCGUCGACCUCGCUACGCCUUCAGCCCAGACAACGAACGAAACAUCAACGAACGAAACAUCAACGAACGAAACAUCAACGAACGAAACAUCAACGAACGAAACACCAGGAACGAGGAUCCGGAUCCCUCUUCGUAAACGUGGUUCAGCCGAGUUGACCAAGGAAGAUGGCUCCAUCUCUUGGGAUCGACUACAGGUGAGUUUUUAGGUCACUGGUCCGCUUUCGAACGUUCGCUCGCUCCAAGCCCGCGCCUGGUCUAAGCGGCUCCGCGAAAACUGCCUGCCAGCCCUGCCCGAAAAGAGUCGGCACCGAAAAAUUUUGCUCGGAAAAGCCUUCCUCCCGAUGGAACCUUUCGAAUCAGCGGAAAGCUGAUGUAUCCUAUCUGUCUCUCCAAUCCAGUCACACCUCGCAAAAACGCACGCCAAGUUCAAGCGCGGCACGUCAGCCUACCUCGAGAACCAAGGCGAAGCGCUUUUGCCCGCUUCGGACCGAGCUCUCUACGGCGGAUACGGUGUCGUUUCCGGUGCGAUGAUGGGUCAAAAGAGAGCUUGGAUGGAAGAAGGCAAUACGAUGGAAUGGGACGAAUCCCCAGGUCAGAUCGAGGAGCCUCAUGCCGAACACCUCCAAGUCAAGAGUCGGGGCGUUCGAACUGUUAGUGGCGGGCGCGACCCGACGAAGCAGAGACGAGGUGGGGAUACCUUGUUCUCCGUCGAACGCUUCAAGGGUAUUCGUGGAGCAGGCCGAUUGUUCGGUCGAGGUCUCAACCCUCCCAGGAAGAGUCCGGUCGAAUCCGUCAUUGAAGCCAGUUCGGACCUUCGAGUCAACGCGGCUAAACCGACGCAACAAAGUCGGGAAGACGCCGUCGCCUCCCGUGCGGCAGCAAGAGCAGCUGCGGAGAGUGCGAGACGCAAUGGAGGUGGAAACAAGGCGACGACUGCAGGUGGCCAAAAGGCGACGACAGUCAAGACAACCGCGGCGACGACUCCCAAGGCCGGCGCUCGAGCGACUACUACUUCGACGGGUGCAAAGGCCGCGGCGACUAAAGGUGGCGGGAGCUCCUCCUCGGCAGGUGGCGUUUCUUUGACGAAUUACAACGACGGCUCAGGUACGCUUUGCUGGGAAAUCUCUUGCGUGGUGGUAAAGAGCUACUGACUGACAUUGCAAGGAUUCCGACACGCAGUUUGGACUGGUACCAUCUCCAUCGGUACCCCGGCCAAGACAUUCAACAUCGACUUUGGUGAGUGUUCUAGGGCAGAGUGUUACCUUGGAGAUCUUCCGACACUCAGCGGACCGCUGCUUUCUCUCUCACUCGUAGACACAGGAUCGGCGGAUCUCUGGGUCCCGUCGUCUGGCUGCAGCUCGGCCGUGUGCGCCCCUCACACCAAAUACGACCCUUCAAAAUCGUCGACGUCGAAAGCCGACCCGUCGAAGAAGCUGAGCAUCACUUACGGUGACGGCUCUUCGACGACGGGCCUCGUCUACCGGGACACCGUUACUCUGGCCGGUUUGACGGCAACCGGCCAAGGUUUCGGAGUCGCGACGGGCAUGUCCUCCGACUGGGCUAGCGACCCCAUGGAUGGCCUGAUGGGCAUGGCCUAUGCCUCCAUCUCGCAAACCAAAACGACGCCCUUCUUUCAGACUUUGGUCGCGGAGAAACAAGUUGCUGCACCUCAGUUCUCGUUCAGGCUUGGAGCGUCGGGCGAUUCUGAGCUUUUCCUCGGGGGGAUGAACUCGAACGAUUAUGUCGCUGGUUCGACGCAAUGGACAAGUGUGGUUUCCCAAGGAUGUGAGUUGCACAGGACGCGUUUUGUGUUACUUAUCAGUAAAAUGUGUUCUGAACUUCGCUUACCUCUUGAUGGCCUGCAGACUGGACCGUCAGUGCAAAUGCGAACGUCAACGGGAAAGCCGCUCUCAAGGGGAUCAACGCAAUCAUUGACACAGGAACGUCGGUCAUUGUUGUGAGUGGCGAGUGUGGCUAUAUAUCACCCCAAAGCCACACCUUCCUGGCUUACACCGUCCUCCUCUUCCAGGCACCGACGGCGGAUGCGGCGACUUACUGGGCCGCCGUUGCCGACUCGGCGCCUUACGGCGGUGGGGGAGGAUAUUAUACCUACCCCUGCAAGGCUUCGCUCACCGCUUCCUUCACCUUCGCCGGAGGAUCCCAGAAAUGGGCUGUUCUUUCCGAUGCCCUCAACCUCGGGAAAGUCGCGGCCGGAUCGGAUCGAUGUGUGGGAGCUAUCGUCGGUGCCGACGUUGGUAUCAGCGGAUGGGUCCUCGGCGGUAGCUUUUUACAGGGCGUCUACGUCACGUUCGAUCUGGGAUCGAACCGCGUUGGAUUCUCCACUUUGAAGAACUGA